AUGUUUGCCACAACAUUUUUCUCUAAAACUGCAUUAAAUACCAACACAGUACCGCAAAUUAGAGGCUAUGCUGGUCGUGUUCAGAUUCAGUCUGCUCUUCCUAAAAGACCAUUGAAAAAGAUUAGAGUCGGUAAAGCCAGACCAGCUAUAUAUUUUAAGUUCAAUACACAGGUGGAGCUUUCAGAUGGCUCAGUUAUAACCAGAAGAUCCCAGUACCCUAAGGAUCAAUUGAGGAUGAUUACUGAUCAAAGAAAUACUCCGCUGUACAACCCAUCCAAGCCAGACGCAAGUUUAUUGGAUGCAGAAUCCAAGGGUAAGUUGAACAAGUUCAAGAGUAAGUUCGCAUCUUUCGAUCAGUCCGGUAAAUCGGCUGAAGAGGUUGAAAAGGAGGCUAAGAAGGCCGAAGAGGAGAGACUCUUGAGAUUGAAAACGGGUAAUAUCACUCAGAAGACUGAAAAAGAUACAGAUGAUUUAUUGGAUAUUUUAUCUGAAAGCUACGAGGAAGUCAAACUAGGUGGUAACCUAGCCCAAAAGGAGAAGAGGAAGAAAUAG